AUGGUGAGGAAGAGGAGGACUGAACUUCCCGGAACUGGUGAGAGUUCGGAAUCUCAAGAAACCAGUGGCAGUGGAGGUCGUGGUGCUCCACGGGCUCAAGAGAGAGCACCAAUGCCCCAGACGCAGGGAGGUCGUGGUGGUGGCGGAAGGGGUUGGGGCCCAUCCGGUCCACAUCACGCCCAACAGCAGGGUGGUCGAGGGGUAAGUCGUGGUGGCGGAAAUCAGCCACGUGGGGGGAUGUCACAACAACAUCCCCAUCCUCCUGAAUACCAGGGUCGCGGUGGAUAUCAGCCCCGUGGAAGUGUGCCAUCGCAGCAAUCUUAUGGACGUGGGGGUGUGGGUAUGGGAGGUGGUCGUGAAAGUGGCCCCUCUUCUUACACCCCAUCGAGGCCUCCACAUCCCGAGCUGCACCAAGCCCAACCUUUUCCAUCAACCCAUCCAUCGGCAUCUCAUGCUAGCUCGUCUCAGCUGCACGAGAAAACUUCUACAGAAAUGGCACAACAGCUUCAGCAGCUUUCAUUGCAGACUGAAGUGGCCUCGAGUGAGACUACCCGUGCAAUUGUGCCUGUCGCACCAUCAAGUAAAUCAAUAAGAUUCCCUUUACGACCUGGGAAGGGAAGCGUUGGAACAAGGUGUAUAGUAAAGGCUAACCAUUUUUUUGCUGAGCUUCCCAACAAAGACCUUCACCAGUACGAUGUAUGUUUUUAUUGGUUUGGCUUUUUCAUUUCCCAUUGUUCAUGUUGAGCUUGAGACUGAAGUCAUUAAUUAUAUAUAUUUUGAACUCGGUAGGUUUCUAUUACACCUGAGGUCACUUCUCGUGGUGUGAAUCGUGCUGUCAUGGAGCGGUUGGUGAAAUUAUAUAGGGAAUCCCAUUUAGGAGGAAGACUUCCAGCUUAUGAUGGACGGAAAAGUUUAUACACUGCUGGAGCAUUUCCAUUUACGUCUAAGGAGUUCUCAAUCGUCCUUGAUGAUGAGGAUGAUGGUGCGGGUGGCCCAAGGUUCAUUCUGAUCCAUCCAUUUAUGUUUAGCUGACUUUUUCCCCUUUUGUUUUGUUGGUGACCUCUUGUUCCCUCUGCUGUGCUGUAUAACCUGCAGGAGAGAAAGACAGUUCCGUGUUGUUAUCAAGUUUGCAGCUCGUGCCGAUCUUCAUCAUCUGGAAAUGUUUUUAGCAGGGAAGCAGGCUGAUGCUCCUCAAGAAGCACUUCAGGUUCUUGACAUUGUCUUGCGUGAGUUGCCGACAAAAAGGUAACCGCAGUCUUUAGAGCUAUUACGGAUAUUUAAUUUCAUAAGAGUGUUAUUGUGAGUAUUACAUAACCUCAUCAAGGAUUCAUGAUUUUGUGCCAUUAGGUAUUCUCCGGUUGGACGGUCAUUUUAUUCUCCUGAUCUAGGAAGAAGGCAGACACUUGGUGAAGGUCUGGAAAGUUGGCGUGGGUUCUAUCAGAGCAUUCGGCCUACACAAAUGGGCUUGUCCCUCAACAUUGGUUGGUUAACCUAAGUUUCUUUAUUUCAUUUACGUAUUUGAAGUCCUGUCCUUUGAAUACAAUCAGCUAUUUUGUGCUUCAUGUAUUAACAAGUGAAACCAUCGUAUUUCAUCCAAGAGUUGGCUUUAGUUGAGAAAAGGCAGUGUUUUGAACUCUCUGGUUGUCUUUUCACGGAUAAUGAUGUGACUCAAACCUCACUCAUCGUUUUAUUAUGGACUAAUUCUGUAGGGGUUUUAGGGAGCAUCUAGUUUGAAGUUGUUUAAAAGAGCUGAUCUUUUUUUGCUCAAAGAAUUUAUUGAUAGAAAAUUACGCAUUUACGAUUGUAAAAUGACAUUGAUGAGGGCCCAACAAUUAAUAAUGUUUUUUGGAAUUUUACUGGUAAAUCAUUUGAGCAGAAAAUACAUAAUGAAUCGCAUAAUACAUUUGGUAUGCUGAUUUGUAUUUGGUGAAUUUCAAUUGACCUGGAUGAUCCGUACUCUGGGAAGUCAACUUGAAUGUUAUGUGCCUUGUAUGCUAGUGAACUUGGUGAUUGAACGUUGCACUGCAGCUGGUAGACGGACUCGCUAUUCAGCAAAACUGCUGAAUAUAAACAUGGAAGAUCUGGACUCUCCAUUAUUUGAUAUUGCUGAUAUUUUAACGUUUUUGUCAUAUUAUUACAGUUUUAACGAAUGCUGAAUGCCUUAUAUGUUAUUUUUUAAUUCGUCUUCGGUUGUGCUGUGAUAUCUGCAAACAUCCUAAUGAAUUUUCUUACAAUUUGCGAUCGUCUAUUUAUGUUUAACAAUUACCACGUGUGUGGCUCUUUUUUGUUUUGGUGUAGACAUGUCAUCCACUGCUUUCAUAGAACCACUCCCGGUGAUUGACUUUGUCACCCAGCUACUGAACAGGGAUGUGACUGCCAGACCUCUAUCUGAUGCCGACCGUGUCAAGGUAUUACCCAGUUGUCUCGAUUGUAUGCCCACAACUUAUUUUGGUUUACCUUGUCCUGGCUUUUUGGUUUCUUUAGUUCAUGUGCUGAAUGAAAAAUAUUUCCCUGUUCACAAAUCCAUUUAUGCUUACGAAAAGGGCUUAUGUACAUAUUGAGGAAGUUUGUCGUCCAGAUGGAAUUUACGCUUGUUCUUUUCUAAUUGGCAAUGAAUGAAAUACUUGGCUUCCGUUGUCAUUAGUUUUCCUGAGUUUCUGCCCAGAUUUAGUUCGAGUGCAUUCUGACCGAACAGUUAUGGAGGUCAAGUGUCUUUGUUUCGAAACACUAAAUUUUUCCAAUAGGAAUUAGUGAAAACAUCGUGCCAUUAUCUCUGACACCUUCUCUCUCAUACUAUAUUUUUUGCAAUUAUAUUGAUGUAAUACUGACCAUGUACUGUGUCCAUUUUAUCUUUUGAAUGGGAAUGAUCAUCAUCGGAUCUACCAUUCAAUGGCUUUGUGACGUUGCAUUGUUGCUAUGAUGUCUGCCUUUUACUCGGUGUCAUUUUGCUUUUCACCGUUUUUUUAAGGUUAACUUGGCAUAGCAUUUAAUUAUGUUCUUCUUAUCUUAUUUGGUAUGAAAAUUAUUGCGAAGAAUAGUUGUGGAUUAAUUUAUCGUUCUGUGAUAUAUAUGCUUAGAGCAAGUUUAUGGUGUUAUUACCUUUCCUCACUAUUUUGUGGGUGAAUUUUCUCACUGGCAUUUUGCAGAUCAAAAAGGCUCUUAGGGGUGUCAGGGUUGAAGUCACACAUCGUGGCAACAUGCGUCGAAAGUAUCGAAUAUCUGGAUUAACAUCACAGGCAACCAGAGAACUGACGUAUGAUAUUUUGCUGUUGUUAUUUUCUUUUAAGCUUUGACUUUUUUUGAUGAAUAAUUAUGGUAAUGCUGGACCAUUGGAAUUUUUGAUUAUUCUUUUGGUAUCCUAUGAAUGCAUCGUGAUAAAAACAGAUUUCCAGUGGACGAUCGUGGGACAAUGAAGUCUGUAGUUCAGUACUUUUCUGAGACAUAUGGAUUUGUUAUUCAAUAUACUUCAUUGCCUUGUUUGCAAGUGGGCAAUCAGCAGCGACCAAACUAUCUUCCUAUGGAGGUCAGUCUUGGAAUGUCUUCGCCAUUUUAAAUCGGGAAAACAGUUGCUAUAAUAUUAAAUCUUACAUUCUUUUUUGGUUUAUUUGUAUAUUGCUAAUUUGCUUAACUGUUGCUCGAUAAAUCAUCCCUUUUUUGUGAACCAGGUAUGCAAAAUCGUUGAGGGACAGCGAUACUCUAAGAGAUUAAAUGAAAGGCAGAUAACUCAACUUCUUAAAGUUACCUGCCAGCGACCAAGUGACCGGGAGUGUGAUAUCUUGCGGGUAUACAUCUUGAGUCUAAAUUUAGGCCUUCGAUGUGUUGUUUGAACUGAUUUGCUUGUGUUUAAGUGUAUGCAUCGGCCUCAUCUUCCCUUCAUGUGGAAUUCCAAAGUUAUCAUUAGGGGUGGACUUUCUUGUUGGGACCAGUCCUUUCUACCUUUCUAAAUAGGUAUUUUGGAAGGCUCGUGUAUAUUUCAGUUGUCUAUAGAAGGGAAUUCAUCUUCUCAUUCUCCUUUAUUGUCCACAGUCUUGGUCAGGGGUGACAAUACGGCAAAGUCCCCUAUAUAUAGGUUUAUAUAAUUGUAUAAUCUUCAGAACCAAGAUUGAAGACCGAUCCCUGAAGCUUUGUCAUACCCGCAGAUUAUAUCAUUUUACGCGAUUUGCGGGAAUUUAGUUAGAGAUACAGGCAUUGGAAGAAGAUGUCAAUUGAGUUCCCCCGAACUUCUGCAAUGAUGAUGCAUAUAGUAGUUAUAUAAUUCCCACCCGUGACACCCGUUCUAUACUAAGUAGUUGACUGGGACGUGGGUAUGUGUGUGUGUAGUGACUAUUUCCUGCUGCUAGCCAACAGCUCGCUUAGGUAGAUGACAUAGACUUAUUGACAUUACGCCCAUCGUUUCUCAUCUUUUCUGACUGUCGCCUGUAGGGUGGCAGGUCUGUUGUGUUAUUUAUCAAGCUUUGUUUUGGAAUGAACUUCUUCUGAGGUUAUUUCUUAGAUCACCUUUCUUCUCUUACUGGUUUGCCAGAUCCGGGCUGACUUGUGAGUUAGGAAUGGCAUUAUUCAUGUUUGAUGAAUCUAAUAAUUUUUUCUAGGAUCACAACUUCCAAUGAAGUGUGGGCACGUAACAUAUUUUUUUGAUUGGGGUGAUUAACAUCUUGUUAAAGGACAUUUGUCUCCUGUCUACCGAAUUGUAUUACGUUCCCGGGUUGUCUGGGCCGUAUCAAUGUGUCAGGAUGGGUUCUGCCAUUUGACCAGAUUUAGGGCUCAUUUUCAUCCAAGUCGUCUGAUUCUGCUGAGCAUUUUUUUACUCAGUCUCUUUGGUGUGCCCUCAGCAGUGUACUAUUUGUACGGUCGUAUUACUGGACAAGUUUGGAUAUUGUGAUGUUCCUUUCUUCCUCGUUUACCAUACGAUACCAGCUGUCUGGGGCAUUUGUUCUUACCAUUAACAAAACAUUUCUAUUUGGUUAUAUGCUGUACUGCGGUCAAAUGUGAUUGCAAUUCAGAUUCAUAGGUGUCAUAAACGGUGUUUCUUUCUCAGCAUUGUAUUCUGACAGGACAUGGAGUAUAGUGCAUCAUGUCAAUCGUUCUUAAGUAGUGAGUCCUUGCUUGUUCUUGGGGAGCCAAGAAUUGCUUACAAUUUUUUUCAGUCAAAACUCUUGAGGGCUAAUUGCUCCGUGCUUGAUAUUUCAUAAUUGACGGGUUUCUUAAACUUUGUUGGGAUAUUUCGUUUCCGAUUAUGAUCCGUUCUGUUUUCUUCUGUUUGACCGUGUUGCACAUGACUUUCCUCCUUCCUGUUUCUUUCAGACGGUCCAUCAUAAUGCCUAUCAAGAUGACCCUUAUGCAAAAGAGUUUGGCAUCAAAAUCAGUGAGAAACUUGCUUCUGUAGAAGCACGCAUCUUGCCUGCGCCUUGGGUAAGUUUAGAAGCAAGGUUUUCAGUUCCAAAUAUUGAUCAGUAGUUGAUUCUGGUACACUGUGCUUGUGUCUGGCAGCUCAAAUAUAAUGACACUGGGAGGGAAAAAGAUUGUUUGCCCCGAGUGGGCCAGUGGAACAUGAUGAAUAAGGUAUUGUUAUGCUGAUCAUAUUCUUGCCGUAAUUCCUGAGUGAAUAUAGAUUUGAAUGUGCUUUUUCAUUUUCAUUUUCAUUUUCACCAUGGGAGUUUUUAUCCUUCUUUUUUCAUCUCUAUUACUUUUUUUUUGGAUGGAUAUUUUUAAGUCAUUGCUGUUUCUCAUUGUCAUUCGAAUUGUUGGCGAAACGCAUUCCUCAAAGGAACAUUGUAUGUUAUGUAUCAUCCUAAACCCGUGUAUUAGUUUCAUUUUCAUUUUCAUUUUCACGAUUGAUGAAGUUUUCAUCGUUUUCUCGAUCGCCUCGCCCAAUUUUCACAGUUUAUUCUCGGCAGACAGUGGAUCUUCGUCUUCAUGUUUUUUUGACCUUUAAGCUUAUGUGCGCUGUAAUUAUGUGAUAUCCAUUCCCUGUGCUUGCACAAUCUCGCACUCAUAAUAACGUUUUCUCGCUUACUAUUAUAGUUUGACCUAUUGUUUCCUUUUGUGACAAAUGCUUAAUGGAUUUUCCAUGUUAGAAAAUGUUCCAUGGGGGUAAAGUUCACAACUGGAUCUGCAUCAAUUUUUCACGCAAUGUACAAGACACUCCUGCUCGGGAUUUCUGCCAUGCUCUUGCUCAAAUGUGUCAAGUCUCCGGCAUGGUAUGGUCCCCCGCUCUAUGCUUUCAGCCUCAUAACUUGCGCAUCAUGCAUCCAUUAUUGUCCCGUACUCCUUCACGCAAAUCAAAUUGCCUGUCUCCUAGGAUUUCACUCUGGAACCAGUACUGCCUCUAUUGAGUGCCCGGCCCGAGCAGGUGGAGAGGGCGCUGAAGAGUAGAUAUAACGAUGCCAUGAACAUUAUCCAGCCGAAGGGCAAAGAACUCGAUCUGCUCAUCGUGAUUUUGCCUGACAGCAAUGGUUCACUCUAUGGUAAUUUCCUUCUCACCAAUGGAGCGGCAGGGGAAUCUCACAUCUUAAAAUAUUUUGGUCUCAGCGGCCAAGAACGGUUAACCUCUUAAUGAUUCUGUCAGACAUUGAUGCCCCUCUCUAAUCUCUGUCAUUAUUUAUUUUUGCCUCCCAGGGGAUCUGAAGAGAAUCUGCGAGACAGAACUCGGCUUAGUAUCGCAGUGCUGCCUGACCAAACACGUGUUCCGGAUGAGCAAACAGUACCUUGCAAAUGUCGCCCUCAAGAUUAACGUAAAGGUCGGUCGGCCCGUGAGGUUUGGUUAAGUGGAAUUCUCUUCCUGCUCCUGUGAAACACAUCUUCAAUUUUGUCAAACUCCUCUCUCAUUGAUGAUCAGGUGGGGGGAAGGAACACCGUUCUGGUGGACGCCUUAACUGGGCGCAUCCCCUUGGUCAGUGACCGGCCUACAAUAAUCUUCGGCGCCGAUGUUACUCAUCCUCAUCCCGGCGAAGACUCAAGCCCCUCGAUUGCAGCUGUAAAUCUCCCGUGGUCUCUUCUGGCCUUGGAUCUUUUAGAGUAUCUUGUCCUAAACCGUUUCCAUGGCGAUGAUUUGCAGGUGGUUGCCUCUCAAGAUUGGCCUGAGGUGACCAAGUACGCUGGAUUGGUGAGCGCCCAAGUUCAUCGUCAGGAACUGAUCGAAGAUCUCUUCAAAGUCUACCAGGAUCCUGUGAGAGGAACGGUCACUGGUGGCAUGAUAAAGUAAGGCCCUCAUCUCAGAGCUCCUCAAAGGAGCCACCUGGGUCGAAUGAAUGAUUGAUUGAUUAACUCCGUUUUUAUCCAUCUCUGUGUGUUGCCCCCCAGGGAGCUGCUGAUUUCCUUCAAGAGGGCGACUGGGCAGAAGCCUCAACGAAUCAUCUUCUACCGGUGCCUGCUCCCACUCGACCUCUCUCUCUCUCUCUCUCUCUCUCUCGUUCUCUUUUUACGUAUAUGUCAAGAUACUUGUGAGUGGAGAUCCAGUAGAUCACGGUGUAAUGGUCCUUCCUGUGGCAGAGACGGGGUAAGCGAAGGCCAGUUCUAUCAGGUGCUGUUUCACGAGCUGGAUGCCAUCAGGAAGGUCGGAUUCUCGCUCCAAGGAACUCCCAGGCUGUGCUUUUUUGGUUUUACAACUCCGUCCCUCAUUGAUUGAAUCUUCCAUUCUGUGGGCGCUUCCUUCCAGGCCUGUGCUUCCCUGGAACCGAAUUACCAGCCGCCGGUGACCUUCGUGGUCGUCCAAAAGCGCCACCACACCCGGCUCUUCGCCAACAACCACAACGAUCAUCACUCGGUCGACAGGAGCGGCAACAUACUACCUGGUUAGAUGACUACAGCUUCUCCACCUCCACACCCUCCCCCCCCCCUUCUUCUCUCUCUCUCUCUGUUCAUAUUCCGAUAAUUUUCUUGUAAAUUUACAGGCACCGUCGUCGACUCCAAGAUUUGCCACCCCACCGAGUUUGAUUUCUACUUGUGCAGCCAUGCUGGCAUCCAAGUAAGCUCCCCUUCUCAAUUUCCUCUCCAUCUCUCUCUUCCUUUGCCCAUAAUAUCCAUCCCUGUGGGUGCACUGAGGCUGCGAGUUUGUGUGUCCAGGGCACGAGCCGUCCGGCUCACUACCACGUCCUGUGGGACGAGAACAAGUUCACGGCGGACGGCCUGCAAUCCCUCACCAACAACCUCUGCUACACGUAAGAAACCCUCCCUCUCCUCCUGUUCGUUCUCUCCCCUGAACAGCUCCCCGCCCUCCCGCAUCCAACAAGGCUUAACACUCUGGGAUUUUUCUUCUCUUCUCUUCUCUCAGCUACGCGAGGUGCACCCGCUCCGUCUCCAUAGGUAAAAGCUGCUCUUAAUCCACCAAGUUUCUUCUUCUCUUGUGGGUUUUUUCUGAGAGGUAGAGGGCUUUUGGUAUUUUGUAUCUCUGCAGUGCCUCCCGCGUACUACGCGCACUUGGCUGCUUUCCGGGCUCGCUUCUACAUGGAGCCGGAGACCUCCGACAGCGGGUCGAUGACCAGCGCCGCCGCCGCCACCCGCGGCGCCGCCGCCGCCGCAGGGCCGCGUAGCACCCGCACGCCACCCAGCUCCGCCGUGAGGCCCCUCCCGGCUCUCAAGGAGAAUGUCAAGCGCGUCAUGUUCUACUGCUGA